CGUACUCAUCCCAUCCAACGAGCCGACGGCGAUUUUGGCGCUGUGGAUCUCCUAAAGCCGUCCGCCGCCUUGUCAUACUUCCGAAAGCUCUGCUCUUCAUUCACGGACGUUUCCCAAGACGUCAUCGACAACUUCUUCCAGGACUCGAUGCGUCUCGUUCGGUCUCAAGGGGAGCCUGCUGUCAAGGCGCACACAGUGCCGAGGGAGGUGUCGGAGAAGGUGUAUGAGAUUUUAAUGAAGAGCAAGGGUGCGGAGGUUUGGGAUACUGAGGUUGAUGUGAUUCGGACUUUGGAUGGGGCUAAACGAUGA